AGAUGUUGCAGUACAGUUUGUUAGUGCUGGCCCUGGUUUUUACCAGCGGACAUGCUGACAAUGACUUCCCCACUGGGAGCUCUGACAUUGGGUACAGGAGCUGCAAGGACAUCAAGAAAAUUUAUCGUUUCGCAACUGAUGGAAUUUAUACUCUGACAACCAAAGAUGGAGAGCAGUACCAAACCUUCUGUGACAUGACCACAAAUGGAGGAGGAUGGACAUUGGUGGCCAGUGUACAUGAAAACAAUAUGUAUGGGAAGUGCACAACAGGAGAUCGCUGGUCCAGUCAGCAGGGCAAUUCCGCUAACUAUCCUGAGGGUGAUCACAACUGGGCAAACUAUGCCACAUUUGGUAAUGCUGUUGGAGCAACUAGUGAUGACUACAAGAAUCCAGGAUAUUAUGACAUAUCCUCCAAGGACUUGGGUUUGUGGCAUGUGCCUAACCUGACUCCACUUUAUCAAUGGAGGGACACAGCCCUGCUGAGAUAUCGUACAGAUAAUGGCUUCUUGCCCGCAGAAGGAGGAAACCUUUUCAACUUGUACAAGAAAUAUCCACUGAAGUAUAACGCUGGGAGCUGCAUAGUCAACAAUGGACCUUCUGCACCGGUUGUGUAUGACUAUGGAAAUGCUGAAAAGGCAGCCAAUUACUAUUCUCCAGCUGGAAGAGGCGAGUUUACUGCCGGCUUUGUCCAGUUUCGAGUUUUUAACAAUGAAAAAGCAGCAUUGGCUCUGUGCCCAGGAAUGAAGGUGACAGGAUGCAAUCCUGAACAUCACUGUAUUGGAGGAGGAGGCUUUUUCCCAGAAGGGAAUCCCAUCCAAUGUGGAGAUUUUGCUGCCUAUGACUGGAGCGGAUAUGGGACACACAGAGAAGCGAGUGCCAGCAAGGAGAUAACUGAGGCAGCCGUCCUGCUCUUUUACCGCUAAUUGGAAAUUUGCACGUCACUUUAAACACUUUUUGAAAUAAAGAAAUAUUAAUGAA